UCGCACGGCGGUCUGUUCUCGCUCCUGGACGACGAAUGCCUGCGACCCGGUGACGCCAGCGACGACACGUUCCUCGACACGAUCGCGGCGACGUUCGGCGGCCACCCGAACGUCGACACGCGCCGCGCGACGCGCUGCCUCAACGACAAGUCGCUGCCGCGCGACUGCUUCCGUAUCCGCCACUACGCCGGCCCGGUGACGUACAACGUGACUGGAUUCCUGGACCGGAACAACGACCUGCUGUACCGGGAUCUAUCCCAGGCGAUGUACUCGUGCGGGUUAUCCCUGCUCAAGCUGCUCUUCCCGGAGGGAAACCCCUCACGCGCGUGCCUUAAACGUCCCUCCACGGCUGGCUUCCAGCUAAAGCGCUCUCUCUUGUUCUUCGCAGAAUUCCAUGAACGCUCUGAUUGCGGAACCUGCAGUCGAAAGAACCCGAACUACAUCCGCUGCAUCAAGCCGAACAACGGCAAGAACGCCAAGAUGUUCGAUGAUGACCUCGUGCGACACCAGGUCCGCUAUUCUAGGGUGAGUCACCAAGGUCAACAAGGUCAUCGUCUCUACGGUCACGGUCGCCCACUUCAAGGUCACCUCUCCUCUUCUAAGUUUACUUUAAUGGAGAACCUGAAGGUGCGGCGAGCGGGGUUCGCCUUCAGACAAACCCACGCGCAGUUCCUGCAGCGAUACAAGAUCAAGCGCUCGCAACGUGGCCGCUAUGGAGAGGUGCGCCCCGCCAAGGGCAUCCGCUUGCUUCUCAAGGAGCUGCGACUGGAGGUGGCCGAGUGGGCGCUCGAUGUAGAAGGUGCGCCCGCCAAGGGCAUCCGCUUGCUUCUCAAGGAGCUGCGACUGGAGGUGGCCGAGUGGGCGCUCGAUUUGUUUGAGCUGGAGGACCAGCGACGACAGCGGCUGGGUCAGCUAGCGACGCUACUACAGGCCGUAUAUAGAGGGUGGGCGCUGCGUCAUGCAUAUCAGCAACUCAGGAACAGUCAGAUUGUGAUAGCCAAACACUGGCGACGACACAAGUGCUACAAGUACCGGUUAAAGUUUGACCAGGCAGCGCGGAGUCGAAUGAGGGAGAAGGUAGCAGCUAGCAACAUAUUCAAGAACCGAAAAGAUGGCUACUUGAAAAGCGUCGGUCAUCCGUUCCGCGGUGACUACGUCAGACUUCGCUCCAACUACAAGUGGAAGAAGGCGUUCGAAGACUCGCCGGACAACUACGUCGUUUUCGCUGACAUGGUGCUAAAGAUCAAACAGGUCGACGGGAAGGAAAAGCAAAAAGUUGACAUGUACCGGAACGUGCCACACAAGGACGUCAUGGCUGGGAAGACCUGGAACGGCUUAUUGCCAACUAGCGGAACCAGCGAGGCGACUAAGAAGAAAGGAGACUUCAUUCUGGAGAGCAACCACGUGAUCGAGAUGGUCGCCAAGAUGUUUCUGCUCAUCAUUAAUGCCAAUGGCAAGCCACCGGAGAUGGUGGUAGCUAGCGAAUUUCAGGCCAACUUUAACGGCACCAUGGUAAACAUGAUCUUCAAGUUGGAGGACAACUUUCCGGACAUCCCUCCCGGAUACGUCAGGAUCAACCGGAAGGGCAAUCGCAUGGAGAUUCUUAUAUGAUGAAGGCAUUCUCUAGCAAUUCUAAUCGACUGAGAAGAGAGGAGAGGAUAUGAGAAAAGAGAAGAGGAGAGGAGAGGAAAUUAUUAAUGUGCCGAGUUUGUCAUACGAAAUAUGUUAUAUCAUCCAAUUAAUGAUUUAUUCUUUAAUAAUUAAUCGAUUAAUUAGAUGCAUUAUCUUAUAGGUGGCGCUUUACACACUAGUGCACAUUAGCGAAUAAAUGUACUUUUAUUUCAGUAUCACAAUCUUUUUGAUCGUUAUAGGAAAUAUUUUAGGUAUGGUACGCAUAUAUCGAUGACGUGUCAAUAUUCACUCUGUUUUUUUCUUCACUGUAUAUUCUGAUUAGAUCGUGUCAUGUGAAGGCGCCAUUUUGUUUUUGUUUUGUUUGUGCCACUGACGUCACCAAGGCGGCUACGCGAUGGUGUUGGCAAAGUGCCAAUGCCCUGCUGCGAUGAGUCACUAGUUGUUUUUUUACCGAGAGACGGUCAUGUUUACUUGUCGACGUAGCGCCGAAAAAAAACUUCGUGAUCAAAUCACAGGUUCCGAAAUCCUUGUGUAGAUGGAGCCACCGUAUUCGUCAGUCUUUCAUAUCUGUUUUUUAGUAUCGGCGGAGAAACGCGCGCGUAGAGGUCGCCGGUAGGGGGCGCUCGUUGUCAACAGGCGUUCUGUGAUUUUGUAACAGUUGUACAAAACAACAAGAUAUCGUGGCUCUUCCGCAUUGUAACAUAGAGAGAGGGAGAGAGUGAGAGAGAGAGAGAGUGAGAAAGAGAGAGAGAGAGAGAGAGAGAGAGA